UGGGCGGAGCAGUAGCUCGGGACCGACUCCUCUGCCAGGAGCCCUUCCUCGAUUUCCCCGGAUUCAGGCCGAGAGCCCGACUCCGGAAGGGCCGACACCAACCACUGACCGCAGCCCGCCCCCGGCCCAGGACCGGGCAAGAUGAAGCUGUACUCGGCGUACCAACAACCGAAGCCACGAAUGGAGGAACAGCUGCUUUCCCCAGUGAUGCCCCGGGCCCUGGCUGAGAAGAAUGCCCGCUGGGCCCUGCUGAUCACCCUGUUGGGCACCAUGGUGCUGUGCGCCUUGCUGACCCAGCUGCUCUUCUGGCCACGGCUCGGGGGUCCUCCGGGGGGAAAGAGCAACCAGGCACCUGGACCCAUCUGCAAGGAUCCCUGCCAGGCGGUGCUGGUGGAGAGCAUCCCGGAGGGCCUGACCUUCCCCAGCGGUCCCACGCAUCCGACCAUCAGCCAGGCUUGGCUGGACUUAGUGGCUGGAGCCCACCGUACCCUCGACAUCGCCUCCUUUUACUGGACCCUCACCAACCAGGACACACGCACCCAGGAGCCCUCUGCCCAGCAGGGGGAGAGGGUCCUCCAGGAGCUGCUGACCCUGGCCCCAAAAGGCGUAAAUGUACGUGUGGCAGUCAGCAAGCCCAACGGCCCCCAGCCCCAGGCCGACCUGCAGGCCCUCCUGGACAGUGGGGCCCACAUCCGCAUGGUGGACAUGCGGCGCCUGACCCACGGCGUGCUCCACACCAAGUUUUGGGUGGUGGAUCAGACCCAUCUCUACAUUGGCAGUGCCAACAUGGACUGGCGCUCCCUCACCCAGGUGAAGGAACUGGGCGUCGUGGUCUACAAUUGCAGCUGCCUGGCGCAGGACUUGGCCAAAGUGUUUGAGGCCUAUUGGUACCUGGGCCAAUCGGGCUCUGCCAUACCAUCCCCCUGGCCUGACAGCUACGCCACCCGCUACAGCCUCGACUCCCCGCUCCAGCUGCAGCUCAACAGCACCCCGGCCCGCGUCUACUUCUCUAGCGCCCCACCCUCGCUGUGCCCGGCCGGCCGCACUCCCGACCUGAGCGCCCUGCUCAGCCUGGUGGACGAUGCCCGCGGCUUCGUCUACGUGGCCGUCAUGAACUACCUGCCCACAAUGGAGUUUUCCCAUCCCCGCAGGUUCUGGCCGGCCAUCGACGAUGGGCUGCGGCGGGCGGCCUACGAACGUGGCGUCAAGGUGCGGCUGCUAGUGAGCUGCUGGGAUCACUCAGAGCCCUCGUUGCUGCCCUUCCUGCGCUCCCUCGCCGCCCUCCAAGACAACCGCACGCACUACGAUGUGCAAGUGAGACUGUUCAUCGUCCCCUCCGAUGAGGCUCAGGCUCGGAUCCCCUACGCCCGCGUCAAUCACAACAAGUACAUGGUCACUGACCGGGCAGCCUACAUUGGGACGUCCAACUGGUCAGGCAGUUAUUUUACACAGACGGCCGGCUCGGCUCUGGUGGUGAACCAGACGGGGGUCGCGGGGACCGCGGGGGACCAGGGGCUGCGGGAGCAGCUGGAAGCCGUGUUCCUCCGCGACUGGGACUCCGUCUACAGCCAUGAGCUGGAUGACCCCCUGGCCGCCAGCAACUCCUGCCACCUCCUCUGAGACACCCGGACACUGCGGCUGGGGGCUGGUGGGG